GAACCUGGCUUCGCUCGGCUGCAAGAGGAAGCGUCCUAUCUGGAUGAGAGGCUCUCCCACCGGGACAGCGUUCAGCCAAAAGACCCGCGGAGCCAAAUAAACAGGAGGAACGCGAAGUGGGAGAAAAAUGCAUUUUGCAAGCAAAAGCAGAUGAGUAUCGGAGCGUGCAUGUCACUACAACAUUCAGCCUCUAAACCUCGGUGCCUUAAAAGCUUAUGGCGAACAAUAGAGAGACUAAAUAUUUACACUGUUGGGCCCCUGGGAGCGACAGUUUCCCAAAGAAGCGGCAUUGGUCCACCAUGGGGUCUGGUCGGCUAUCGCGAUGUUCGAACAGUUUUUUUUUUCUUCUUCUUGUCUUUUAUUUUUUUAUUAUUUAUUUUAAACCCAUACAUAAAAACCAGACCCGUCGCCCCCCGGACUGGCAUUUCUUUCAUUUUGGCCCACUUCCUGUUAGUUCUAUUUUCGCAUUUUCCAUGUCUGUGCCCUCUGCCUCCCGCGUUUUUGAUUAAUCCGUUGUUAACGUCUUGUAGCGUGUUUUCCGAGCCGCAUUUAAACGCAACAUGAGGGCCGAGACGCUCGCGCUGUGUUUACGCCUGGGUGAGCGUUCGAAACACGGCAAAGAACUGUUAGCUCAGUUUCCCCCGCAAGUGUAACCUGGUUGAAUUUAUAUGUUGUUAUAAUUACUCAAAAUGUUUUUCUUUGGUUAUUUGUAUGGGUUCCUACCUGACUGAAAAUCUCUGUUAUUGUUUUAACUGUGUUACUUUAAGAACGGAAGCCCCUCCCCUUUUGUUUCUUCCUCUGUGGUAUUGCCUUUAAAAUGUUUGCGUCCCUUAGACCCUCCCCUUUUGUCAUGUUGUCCUGUGGGAGAGGUGUGUAUUAUUUAUUUUGUAUCUAAAUACAUCCAUUUUAUUUAUAGAUUUAUUAAGUUAAUUUCUGUUAUGUACUUUUGUUUAUGUAGGGCUUGGAGCGGGCAGCCUGUAACACGGCUAUUUCCUAUUUGUUAUUCUUGUCAGGUAUGUUGUAUAGAAAGGUUUAUUUUGCAUAUUUAACAUGUUGUGAGCUAAGACCGCCCCUUUUGUCAUGUUGUCCUGUGGGAGAGGGCUUGGAGCGGGCAGCCUGUAAUACGGCUAUUUCCUAUUUGUUAUUCUUGUCAGAAUAAACCCUUUUAAAGGUGAACCACGGCCUGAUCAUUUAAAACCAGCACAACGCAGAUCGGAUCCGGUUACACAAGCUAACAGAGCGAGACUGCAGAGUUGUGAAAGAGGAACAGGAGAAUGUCAGCAGGAGUGAGGAAGAGGAGGAUGAAGGAGGAGCGGGUGCAAAAAAAGAGCCAGGUGGAGACCCACAGCUUACAGGACAUGAGGCAGCAGGCGGCUGUCGCAGCCAAAGUCUUCAUUCAGAGAGACUACUCCAACGGAACCAUGUGCCAGUUCCAGACCAAGUUUCCUUCAGAGCUGGAGACCAAGAUUGACAAGCAGCAGUUUGAGGAGACGAUCCGGUCGCUGAACAACCUUUAUGCGGAAGCAGAGAAGAUGGGAAGUCAGUCGUUCAUUGAAGGCUGCCUGGCCUGCCUCACCGCUUACACCGUCUUCCUUUGUAUGGAGACUCACUACGAGAAGGUUUUGAAGAGGAUUGCCAAAUAUAUCCAGGAACAAAACGACAAGAUCUACGCGCCACGAGGCCUCCUGCUGACAGAUCCCAUCGAAAGAGGACUCCGAGUCAUCGAGAUCACCAUCUAUGAAGACAGAAGCUUCAGCAGAUAAGAGCCAUCCCAUGAGGCGGAGCAGCAGAACCAGCCGCCCUGGAGACCUCCACGACCUUCGACCUUAACGCUGCGUCUUAACAAUCUGUCCCCCCCACCUGGUACAAGAGCAGGUGUCUUUCAGAGAAUCCCUUUGAAGAAACGUUGUAGCGACAUUUGACUUUUAAUGUGUUUAAAUAUGAUGAAAUAAGAGUUGAACUCAGAAUUGAACCAGUGUUGUUAUGCUGAACUAACAGCUGUUUGAACGUUAGUGUUUUUGGAGAAAUACCCUCAUUUUCUUUGUUUUUUUUCCUCCCCCGUUUGGAAUGGGGUGACCCUGUUUCAAAAUAAGUGACAGAAUAAGUCACUUGUUUUGUGAUGUUUUCCAGAGCUCGCCUGUAGCGUAUGAGAUCAUUAGUUAUUGGGAGGUUUUACCUCACAAUUUGUUGUUUUCUAAAAGGUGUUUGCUCAUUUAGCACCCAUUUUUUUUAUUUUUUUGCACCUUAUUUGCCUGUUUCAUAAACAUCACUGUUUAGUUAAAGCUCCAGUGUCCAGCAGCAAAUUUUCAUCCUUGUAAAUAUUUGAUUUGUACGCAUUGAUUUAACUUGUGUAUCAUACUGUAGGUGCUGUGAAUGUGUGCUAUGCAUAAUAUUUGACUGCUGUUUAUUUUUAUUAGUAAUAUGUUCAUAUAUUCCAAUAUUGCCUUCGACAGAGGUAUUGAAAGUGCUCUUGACGGCUGACAGUGUCCAGAAUUAGAAUAGUUUUCCGUUAACACAUGGUUGGCGUUAGCACGUUACAAAAGCACAAACUUCACUGAAGUUCUGGGUUGACAUUCUGGCAGGUCCAAAUUGAAAAUGUGUAUUGUGUUUUUUAACGAUUUUUUUUUUUGAAGAGAUGCAACAGUCGUGCUUCAAAUAACUUAGAAACUCAAACCAUCCAAUCAGCGAUUCAUAAAUCUAAUAAUGGUUAAAGACGGAUGCUCCAGUGUGCCAUCAGAACCUGCAGCACAUUUUGGUUUUGAGUUCUAGGAAUCGGUUUGGGCCAGGAAAAGCCCGAUCAGUGUUGGGUUCCUUUUCGCUGAACCUGAUAGUAAAGUUUGGCGUUAAUUAAUCCUCCCGUCUCACAGUGGGAGCUGGAAGCUGCUGACGUCGGGCUUCGCUCGUCUUUUAAAGGUAAAGCCUCUUCAUGUUCAGAUAUCCAGGUUCGACUGUGAAUCAGGUGGAAAGCCUUGAUGUCUUCUGUAAAUAAUAGUUUGACCUGUUUUGAUUCUGUAGAUUAUGUUGCGCCCACUAAUGAACCUUUAAGUUUCUUUUUUUUAUUUUGCCAAAUGAAAUUCAAGUGUAUUUAUAUUCUAGAUGAUAUGCUAAUAAAUCAUGUUAAUAUGUGA